UGUGAUUUAUUUUAAGGCCGCCGCCGCCCAGCCCACGGCCAGCCGGGAGUGUUACCAACCCACGGCGCGGGGAGUGUUACCAAGGCAAGAUGGCCGACCCUGUCCCCGCCGAGGAUGUCAAGCCCGCCGACACGCAGGAGUACUGGCUCACCCUGGAGGAGGCGGAGGGCGAGGUGAAGGCGCACGAGGAGCGGACGGGCACGCGAUACAACCUGUCCAAGGCCGACCCCUCCUUCGGCUCGUCCUCUUGGAAUGUGGCAGAAUGCAAGCUGGUGUGGGAGGAGGGGGAGAAGUAUCAAGGGACCCGGCUGGACUUUGAUGGGGUUCCCUUCUUUGUGCUGGGCACCAAACAGCUGACAUGUCAUUAUGGGGCCAACACAAAGAAACUCAGCACCUCCAGCCUUUCCAAGAAGCCCAGCUGUCCUGCCAAAGUAGUGCUCAAGGAGGUCAUCAAGCUUCCAGAUUACAAAAUUGAAAACAACACAAACUACGAGAAGAAGAAAUGGUCCAAGAUGAUCCGUGAUGACAUGUGUUGCGGCAAUGUUCGGUUUGAGCGGAGGAUAUACGUCCAGCUUCCUUCCCUUGACGUUCACCACCACACAGUCUUGACCAAGAGAGUACAAGAGAUAAAGUUUAAUGCAAAUGGUAGUGUGCCUCACUGCCUGGUCUGCAAUGGCAAACUGUCAGCUUCAGCCAGAUCUGCUAUUCCUCUCUUCACAGGGAAGAUCGUGACGAGCCAUCGCCGGCAAGAGCUGUGUGCUGUACUGGAAGAUAUCUUGAACCAGCAGCUGGAGAAGGGCACAGUUCACUCCAGUAUUGUAUGCACCAAGUGUUUCAAUCUUAUAGAAGACAUUGAUUCUCUUGAGGAACAAGUGAUAACUAAAAAACAGGUGGUUGUCAACAGGUACAAACGGACAAUAUCAGAAAUUAAUCAAGCACCCCAAUCCCCUACCACCACUUUCCAACCUGCGGAUGAUGAUAGCAGUAGCCUUGAUGACAUGCCUCAGAGUAGCAAACACAGUCGGGGACGCGGCAGACCUCCAGGGCGUCCAAGGUUGCGGGGCCGGGGCCGAGGCCGCCCCAAAGGGAGAGGUCAGAUAAUUAAAAAGGCCUCAGACAGUUGCCCAGUGAAGCUAGAGCUGGAGGAAGUACCUGAAGAAGAGAAUGGCCAGGAGAAUCUCAGAUCCCCUCUUCCUCUCAGAACAAUUAAGAAGGAAGACAUCAUGAGUGACUUAGAAUCUAUGGAAGAUUCCCAAGAAAGCCUGAUGAGGAUAGAAGCCCUUGCUGCAGAGGAAGGAGAGGUCGAGAUGCCAAUAGAUAAAGAAGUUUCCAUGGAGCUGCAGGAGGACGUGUUGGAGGUGGUAGAGGAGGUGCUGGAGAAAGAAGAAAAGCAUGGCAAAAAAUUUUCUUGUCCUCAGUGUCACAAACUGUUCUUAACCAAAGCUGCUAUGAGAAAUCACAUAAAGAUUCAUGACCGUCUAGAGUCCUAUGAGUGUGAAGAGUGUGAGAAGAGCUUCACCACCAAGUAUCGCCUCAAAGCUCACCUCAAAAUUCAUGUGGACCGUGAGAGACCUCACUGUUGCCAUGUGUGUAAUAAAUCCUUUUAUACUCGAUACCAUCUAAACACACAUCUAAGGUCCCAUGAGGGUGCUAGAAACUAUGUGUGUGAGGUGUGUGGCAAGGCCCUCUCUACUCACAAGACCCUAGAACUGCACAUUCUCACUCACACUGGAGAAAAACCGUACCAGUGUGAGAUCUGCGGCUCCACUUUUAGGCAACGCAGCAACUUGCUCACGCACAUAAAGGCAACGCAUUAUCACGAAAAGAACUACCACUGCCAACUGUGCCAGAGAUCCUUCGUGAGGAAGCGACUGCUGGAGUACCACAUUAAUAGUGUUCACACGGGUCAUCGUCCAUACAAAUGUGAAAUGUGCAACGCCACCUUUGUGUACCCUCAUUAUUUCAGGAGGCACAUCAGGAAGCACACUGGGGACAAACCGCACAAGUGCCACGUCUGUGAGAAAACUUUUGCCUCCAGGGAAAACCGUAAUGCCCACAUGUUUAUCCACUCAGAGAAAAAACCAUAUGAAUGCAAAGUGUGCUGUGCUGGGUUCAUGAGGAAACCAUUGUGCGUUUCUCACCUUGCAGUCCACGGCCAAAUAAACAAUCCUGAAGCCUAUAUCACCUUCAACUCUCCCAGUCUCCUUGCUAACAGUCAUGAGGUAGCCACAGUUGAGGAAGAGGCUGCCCAGGCCAUCCAUGCAGUGAGGUUAGCAGAAGAGGCCGAUUCCCACCAGCCAGUAGAGGAGCAGACCCAGAUACUAAGGGAAGGCAAGGUGGUCAAGCUCACUUCCAGACCAGUGCAUAUCCUUGAGACUGAUGAGACUACUCGCUAUGUCAUACACUCGUCUGAGCGGGUCACGGACAACAACAUGGAACAUUUCUUUGCUGAGCUUCAGGGUCAGGUCGUAGAAGUCCGCUCCGAGGACUUUUAGAAACAUCCAUGAUAAGUCAUGAGCUGUGGCUUAGACAACCAGCCAAAAUGUAAUAUAACUCCUGCUGUUGAGUCAGAAUCUAUGCUGUUUUAUUUUGUUCUGUUUGUACAUUUUCUAAAAUUUUAUGUAAAUUGAUUAUGGAUCUCCACCAGAUCUAAACUGGAAAAAAGAUGUAAUGCCUCCAACUUUUAUUAGAUGCCAGAUGCUGCAAGGUGGUGCUUUCCAAAUGAAAGACUGAAAGCUACUACAAGAGUUAAUGGCAUGUCUACAUACAGGAAGCCUUCAAGUGAUCAGCUUGGUGAUCAGCAGGUGAAGUAUCUGUUGCUUGGUUGUAAAGUAUAAGUUCAAACAUGAAUUGAGUGCCAAUGUUUGGCAGCAAAUUACUAACUUUUAUGUUUGGCAUAUUUAUUAUUUAAGCACCAAGUAAUGGGGGUAAUCCUUAUGACAUGUAAUUUCCUUUACAAAUAUAAUAUUGUACAAAUGGU